AUGACAGCAUCUUCUAACGGACUCCUUGAAUCAAGGACUGUUAGAUUUACUGAUUUACACCAGAAGUUGUUAAAUGGGCCAUUAAUCUUCUCACUUGGAUCUAAUACCAAUGUGACAUUAUCUUGUCGAGACCUCUCAGUUAUGAAGGAUCUGCAACAACGAGCCGAUCAAGUCAUACUCGACAUUGCUUAUAGAGUAUGCAAUUUGGAGUAUAAUAUUGCUUCAGAUGAUGAUGAUGAUCUCAUAUAUGAUCAAAAGCAAAGCCCACAUCCUUCACUAGCAUUGAUUUAUUUGCUAUUUAUUCAAUUACCCGAUGGCACUGAGAAUGACAAGUGUCUGUUUCAUCAUCUAUCAUAUGAAACAAAGAAACAUAUGCAUGAACUCUUACUCAAUCAUAUCAAACAAUCAAAGGAGUUUAUUCACCACGAGAAGGAAUUAAUUCAAUUAAUGCUAUCAAACCAAUAUGGUAUUAUUAGAAUGAAUAACUAUGAUGCACACAUUAGAGACAAAUAUUUGGAUGUCAUAUAUGAUACUUUGGAUACUAUAUUUGGUGUCUAUAAGGACCCCAAUAUAUCCAAAAGUGUUUGUAGAGACAAACCCGUUUAUAUGUUUUUAUUGGUGCUCAAAGAGUAUAGUUUUCAAGAUCAAAGAGGUAAAGAAUUAAAAAGGAUGAUUUCACAAACAGUAUUCCUUGAACUUUCCGAUACUGAAUGGACCAAUCAAAUUUCUUGUGACUUUUUAAAAGAGUAUAUUAAAACGAUAUUCUUGGAUGCUCACAAUGAUGGUUAUUUCGUACCACAACAACCCAAUGACUAUAUGGAUGCGGAAGACUGGAAUAACCCACUCUUUUACGCCAAUGUCUUUGACUCGAAAAAGUAUAGUGACAUCAAGUAUGAAAAGCCAAUGCUUGCCAAGAAAAUUCAAUCUUUUAAAGCGACUCAGCAUCAAGUAUUAUCUAUUCUAUUCGAACAUUUCAACCGAUGCCUAACACAAACAUCAGGGAAGGAUAAAUUAAUAGUUCUCAAAUUAUGGAAUAUGUUUAAUCACAAGAGUAUUGAAUGGAAAACAUAUUUUAGUAUUGAUCUUCUCAAAACAGUUAUAUCAGAAUCUUUAAAAGAGGAUAAUGAACUUGUUCAAUGUGAAUUAUUGGAAUUUAUUUACCAAUUCUGUAAUAUGCCUUACUAUAUUGAUAUGCUUAUCAAUAGUAUAGAGUUUCGAGAUAUCAUCAAUGAUGUUUUUAAUCACAUCAUCAAUCAAGCUCCCCCAUAUUCUCGUUUAUUAUCCUCUCUAAUCAAGGUCUGUGAUCAAGAUUGUCAUAAUAAGAAUCAAUUUGCAUCCCUAAUGUUGAAAAAAUUAUUUCCUACAGAGCCUCUUUGGCAAGAAUGUAUUGUCAACCUCGCUCUAAAGUCGGUUCAAUCAAAUCAUAGGGAGGUUAUAGAUUCUGCUAUAUCUUUUGUAUACACAUUCACAUACCAUCACAUUCCUCAAUUUACAAGUUUAAAAGCAUUAUCAACAGCGAUCAUUGGGUUAUUGGAUCGUUUUCAAAAUGACGAUAAAAUUUUAGAGCAUGUAAUUGAAUUGUUUGGUCGUAUUAUCGUUCGGCUUGGACCCAAAGAGAUCAAUCAAUUAGUUCAACGAAUAUUAUUUUCAAAACAAUAUAAACAAAAUCAAAUCAAUACAUUUGUGAGAAGGUAUCUUAUUCAGUGGAUAGGUAAAUCAGUAAAUAACUUGUCAAUCUAUUUACCAUCAGCCAUGAAAAUAAUACUUCUUCAUCAACCAAUCGAUAGAUAUAGUAUCGACCGUCUUGUAAUCAUGUACAAACAACCACAUAAAACAACAAACAGAUACAUUCAACAUUUAAUCACACCCAUGUUCCAACUACACGCCAGUCCAACAACAUAUUCCAACACAACAGAAAAGGCAAAGGCCUCACAAUUAUUGAGCAUCCUAUACACAAGAACAGCGGAAUACAAAGGAAUACACCACCAAGAAUCUACUCUACUAUUUCAACAAAUACUCGAUUCAUUGGCUGAAGCAAUGCCCUCUGAUCUAUCUCGAACUGAUCCAGAUGCACUAGAGCUUCUCAGAUACCAUUUGGCUGCAGCCACUAAAAUGGUCAAACAAAUAAUACUUAGAGAAGGAAACAUUACAACCGAUCAAAUAUUACAAAUCAUCGAUUUGAUAGUACAAGCACAACAUUAUACUAUUAACACAUAUAGUGAAUUUCGCAGGAGCUGGGAUGAAUUGCCAGAGAUUGACAUUUUGGUAAAGAUACUAGUUUCAAUGGACGACCAAUGGAACACAAUUGAAAUGAUAGCAUCCAGUGUGAUUGAUAUGGUUGUCGAUUGGAUCAAUCAAAAUAUGGGAUCAACAAAAAGUGACUUGUCUUCAAAAGUCGAGUUGGUCAUUGAUUUCUAUGAUCAACUAAAUAUUGUUCCACCAAGCAUUACAAUAUCACCAACAGAGGAGAUAUCAUAUUCUGAAUGGAUUGAUAGAUUGAUGGUGGCACUUGAAAAGAACACGAGACUCACCAAGGAAUUAAAACAAAUAAAAGAAAAAAUAAAUAAAAAUAAAUAA